AUGGCCAAUGGAGACACUGUGUGCUCAGGUCCUCCCAGUGGUGUCUAUGUACCCUCUUUGGCAACGGCUUCGGCAACUGUCUUCACCACUGCAGCUUCUCCCACCGCCCCUGUCCCAUCUGGAACUGACUCGGAUUGUGGAUUGUACUACACUGUUCAAAGUGGAGAUGACUGCGCCUUAAUCUGUGAGAAAUACGACUUGACAUUUGAUCAAUUCCGCGAGAUGAAUCCUUCUAUCAAUUCUACAUGUGGCAAUCUUCUCCUUGGAGAUGACUAUUGUGUGGCUCCAGUAAAUGGGGUUUUUACAGCCACUUCCACGACAGGAACGGCCACUGCUUCCGUGACGUCCUCUUUUGUCACUCCACCAGGCGAGACAGUCACGGGAAUAACCCCAGAAUGCUACGAAUGGUACGUUGUACAGUCUGGCGACGGCUGCGAUACAAUUGAGUCAGAAUACGGCCUCACCGAGGCCGAAUUCAUUGCGCUUAAUACAUAUAUCGACACCGCCUGCGAUAAUCUUUGGCCGGGAUACAGCUACUGUGUCUCGGGAAUUCCAUUAGCCAGUAUCAUGAGUUCAACGCAGGUUGUCACGGCGACCUCAACUGCGUCUGGAACCAUCACAACGCCGACUCCCACACAGACAGGAAUGGUGAGUAGUUGUACAAAGUUUUAUGAGGCACAGUCAGGAGAUGGAUGUUGGGGUAUUUCGGUCGAUGAGGAUAUCACUGAAGAUGAAUUCAUUGACUGGAACCCGGCUGUGGGGGUCAACUGUACUGGGUUGUGGCCGGACUAUUACUACUGUGUAGCUGUAUAA